AUGCCUCCUGAAAACCACGCCGCGUAUCUCGUGAACCCACGCGCCAGACCGCUCCAAGUUAAAUCUGCGCCGUACACGGCCCCCGGGCCCGACGAAAUUGUUGUUAAAAACGGUGCUAUUGCCGUCAAUCCAGUAGAUUACGGGAAGCAGUGCGGUGGUGACUACCUGUUCGCCUGGCUUAAAUACUCCAUAGUACUCGGAAGCGAUGUAGCUGGCGAAGUGGUGGAGGCCAUUGCUGUCGGCGUCGACAAACGAUCAUCCAAGCCAUCAGAAGGCGCAUUCCAAGAAUACACCGUACUACGGAGCCAUUUAGCUGCAAAGAUUCCGGACAAUCUAUCAUACGAGAAGGCCUGUGUCUUACCCAUGGGCAUUUCCACUGCCUCCUGUGGCCUCUUCAUGAAGGAUUAUGCCGCGCUGAGAUACCCUACAUCACCGUAUGAACACCCCAGCGACCAGGCGCCGCCAGCUGCAUUCAUCGUAUGGGGUGGCUCGACCAGCGUCGGCACCAACGCCAUCCAGCUUGCAAAGGCCGCUGGAUACGAGGUCCUUACGACAGCGUCACCUAGAACCUUUGGGUAUGUGAAUGAGUUAGGAGCAUCACAGGUCUUCGACUACAAUGACCCAAACACUCCUAGUGCUAUGAUAGCUGCGCUAAAGAAUAAGACUUGUGCGGGUGCCAUCGCUAUCGGUAAGGGGUCACUUGAAGCCUGCAUCGAUAUCGUGGCCGCGGUCCCCGGUCGCAAGUUCGUUGCGCAGGCAAGCGUGCCUCUCGAUGCGGCGAAGGUGCCGGGGAAUAUCGUGGGCCUGGUUGGUGUCGUGAUGGGUUAUAUAUGGUGGAACAUCUCCAGGACUUUCCGCGCAAAGAUAAAGGGCGUGUCGGUCAAGUUUAUCUGGGGCACCGACCUCAUGGCAAAUGAAGUCGGCGGGAUGAUCUACAAUGAUUUUCUGCCUGCGGCGCUUGCCAGUGGGCAAUACAAGGCGAAGCCGGAGCCGCAGGUUGUAGGAAAGGGCCUGGAACGUAUUCAAGAUGCGUUGGAUGUAAAUAUGAGAGGUGUUUCGGCCGCGAAAGUUGUAGUUACUAUGUGAGGGCGGAUUGUGAUAUUGGACUUGCGAUAUAUUGUGAGGUACCUAACCUAAUAUUCGUGGGUUAGUGUGGAUUGGC